CAUUUGGUCGGGGUGGUUGGAAUAGUUCCAAUGUCAACAAUGAUACAAAUUAAUAAACAAAUCCCAAUUAAGCAUGAAGCAUGGUUAAUAUGUCAAGCAGGGCAUGCGCAUACCAGUAUUUAGUUUCUCAUCCACAAUCGUCAACUGCCCUUUUCCUUCCAUUCCCAAGCAUUUUCCUGCUUCCUGCCCUAUUAAGCCAUGUUUAGAGCCCUGAGUACUCGGAGAAACCAUCGGACAUAUGAAAAAUUAGCCGAUGAGCGUGGUGUUGGUGCUUUGGAGGGGAAGUACUUGAAGAGGUCUACAAGCUUGCCAGCCCAAGUAUUUGGUUCACCAACAAAGUCAACGCCGGAAUUAGCCUUUCCAGCCAGCUCUCAGGUGAAGCCUACAAACAAGGUCACCAAGAGCCACCCACUGUUCAGCCUCUUCAGCGGUGGUCGGAAGAAGAAAACUACAGCCAAGCCGGAAUUUGCAAGGUAUAUAGAGUAUGUCAAGGAGGGAGGGGCCUGGGAUAAGAAUUCCAGUAUGCCUGUAAUCUAUUACAAGUGAAAAGCUAUUCUUUUUAUUUUGCUUGUAAUUACUUGUGCAAUAUGCCAUCAUGAUUUGGAUUUGAUUUCUCUCAAGUGAUUGGAUUUGUUAAUUUCUUUUUAUCGAAA